CGGGUUCGGUAACGGGGGUUCAGAUCAGAAUAGGAAUGUCCAGAAGAGUAGUCAAACGAGCCAGGGGUCAGAGCAGGAGAAGUCAGCAGAGGUCAGGAUCAGGCAGGGUCGGCAACAAAUCAGACAGGAUACAAGGUACAGGGGCUCAUGGGAAACAACACAAAGGCACUGACUGCAGGCCUGGCCAUUGCUUAAAUACACCUCCUGCAAUCAGCCUCAGGUGAUGGCUUGAUUGCAGGAGUGAGAUUCUGGCUGCUGAGAGCACCCGCUGGCCAGCACUGGUACUGCAGCCCAUAAGGCAGGUGAGCCCUAGCACCACCGGUGAUGAGUCCAUUCCUGACAGAAACUCAG